GAACGCCAUGCGGUGUUGGAUAAUUCUAGAAGAGCGUCAGUGAGACUUCACCGCGAGCGCCGCUGACAGCACAGGGCCCGAGUUUGACCCCCCACAGCUCUCCUAAGUUACCUGACCCCCAGCAGCUCUGCACAGAUCCCUGACAGUAAUCAGACGAAGAUGUUGUCCGCGGCGAGGAGUGUGUCGCGCGCUCAGAGGUGCUGCAGCACUGUGUCUGAUCUCAUCCAGAAGGCUGGUUGGCGUGGACUGACUGCGCAGACCCUGCAGACUGCAGCCAGGCGCUGUUAUGCGUCCGAGGCGAUCCGAGGCGCUGUCGUUGGCAUCGAUCUGGGGACCACCAACUCCUGCGUGGCUGUGAUGGAGGGGAAACAAGCAAAGGUGCUGGAGAACGCCGAGGGAGCGAGGACCACGCCGUCAGUGGUGGCCUUCACAGCGGACGGAGAGAGACUCGUGGGGAUGCCGGCUAAACGCCAGGCCGUCACCAACCCCAACAACACGCUCUACGCUACGAAACGCCUGAUCGGACGCCGCUACGAUGACGCUGAAGUUCAGAAAGAUUUGAAGAACGUGCCGUAUAAGAUCGUGCGUGCGUCUAACGGAGACGCCUGGCUGGAGGCCCACGGUAAACUGUACUCGCCAAGUCAGGCCGGAGCCUUCAUCCUCAUCAAGAUGAAGGAGACCGCAGAGAACUACCUGGGUCACACGGUGAAGAACGCUGUUAUUACAGUUCCGGCUUACUUCAACGACUCUCAGAGACAGGCAACCAAGGACGCCGGACAGAUCGCGGGUUUGAAUGUGCUCCGUGUUAUUAACGAGCCGACGGCUGCUGCUUUAGCCUACGGUCUGGACAAGACUCAGGACAAAAUAAUCGCUGUGUAUGAUCUCGGCGGUGGGACGUUCGAUAUCUCUGUCCUGGAGAUCCAGAAGGGUGUGUUCGAGGUGAAGUCCACCAAUGGAGACACGUUCUUGGGCGGAGAAGAUUUCGACCAGCAUCUCCUCAGACAUAUAGUGAAGGAGUUCAAGAGAGAGUCUGGAGUGGAUCUGACCAAAGACACCAUGGCUCUGCAGCGGGUGAGAGAGGCUGCGGAGAAGGCCAAGUGUGAGCUGUCUUCCUCUCUGCAGACGGACAUCAACCUGCCGUACCUGACGAUGGACGCCUCUGGCCCCAAACACCUGAACAUGAAGCUGACCCGCUCUCAGUUCGAGGGCAUCGUGGCGGAUCUGAUCCGCAGGACCGUGGCCCCCUGUCAGAAGGCCAUGCAGGACGCCGAGGUCUCCAAGAGCGACAUUGGAGAAGUGCUGCUGGUGGGAGGAAUGAGCCGCAUGCCGAAGGUCCAGCAGACGGUGCAGGAUCUGUUCGGUCGUGCUCCCAGUAAGUCGGUGAACCCCGACGAAGCCGUGGCCAUCGGAGCGGCCAUCCAGGGAGGCGUUCUGGCCGGAGACGUGACCGACGUGCUGCUGCUGGACGUCACUCCUCUGUCUCUCGGCAUCGAGACUCUGGGAGGAGUCUUCACUAAACUCAUCAACAGAAACACAACCAUCCCCACCAAGAAGAGCCAGGUGUUCUCCACCGCUGCUGAUGGACAGACUCAAGUAGAGAUCAAAGUUUGUCAGGGAGAGCGAGAGAUGGCUGCAGACAACAAGAUCCUGGGACAGUUCACCCUGGUCGGCAUCCCUCCGGCUCCUCGGGGUGUUCCUCAGAUUGAAGUCACCUUUGAUAUCGACGCUAACGGGAUCGUGCACGUCUCCGCUAAAGACAAGGGCACCGGCCGAGAACAGCAGAUUGUCAUCCAGUCGUCUGGUGGACUCAGCAAAGACGACAUCGAAAACAUGAUCAAGAACGCUGAGAAGUACGCCGAGGAGGACCGGAGACGGAAGGAUCGCGUGGAAGCGGUGAACAUGGCCGAGGGCAUCGUCCACGACACCGAGUCAAAGAUGGAGGAGUUUAAGGACCAGCUGCCCGCUGAUGAGUGUGACAAACUGAAGGAGGAGAUCGCUAAAGUACGAGAGCUGCUCUCGCGGAAGGACGCGGAGACGGGAGAAAACAUCAAGCAAGCAGCCACAAACCUGCAGCAGGCCUCGCUCAAACUCUUCGAGAUGGCCUACAAGAAGAUGGCGUCGGAGCGGGAAGGCGGCUCUGGAUCCGGCUCCGGAGGAGAAGCGGGAGAGAAGAAGGAGGGCCAGCAGUAAAGCCGAGCGCUCGAGUUUGAUGUGGACUGAAUGGUUUGGGAGCAUGAACGUGUUUCCCCGAGCAGCAUACACAUCUUUAUUCUCUCACAUACUGUGUUUCUGGCUGUAAAUUCUACAAAACGAUAUUGUCACGGCUCCUCAUCCGCCUCCAUUAAUGUCUAGAAGUUCAAAUCCAUUGAUUGUGUCUGCGGGAGAUUAUCUGCAUGGGUCUCGAAGCGAACUGUGCCAGCAUCUGAGGAGAGCCUGAUGAUCAAAGACGUGACUCGAGCCAUUCAGACAUGCAUUCCUGCCUGCGGGCACCGUGUGUGUGUGUGUGUGUGUGUGUCCUCAAUAAGACUGUGUUUCUGUGUCGUGGUGGUGUUUCUGGGAAUGAAUGUGUGGCUGAACGGCUUCAGGAUGUCUGUAUCUGCAGUGAGUGUUUAUAACAGCAGGACUUCUUCGGUGUUUCAUAUUUAAAUGACAGUCUGUUCUGUCCAUCAGUUGCUCGUCUGUAAGCUUGUGUACAUGUUUGAGCCGAGAGGAUGACGUUGAAUUGAUAGUUCAAACUGAUUCUGAUUAUAAUUUGUGUUGAGAAUCAAGUACACCGUGAAGUAAUCCCAUCUACCUUUACUAGUGAUUUCAGCUGGUUUGAGUUAAACCCGUGAUGUUAUGGACGAUCGUGAAGGAUUGCGUUCUUCGUCUGUCUCAGAACAGCACAAUUAUAACACCGAGCCCAUCUCCUCUCUGCUCUCCUCUUCUGUACAAAGCCUGAUGUCUGCUGAAGAUGUUGAAUGAUUUAAUAGGUUUAAAGAGUAAUAUUCCAAUGCAGUCUUUUAUAAUAAAAAUGUGUUUGAACUCA